CUGACAAAUAAUACGUUUAUUUUAUUGUAAAAAUAAACAGUGCCUUAUUUUUGUAACCAAUUAAAACUAUGUCAGGAAAAGUAAUAGAUAAUUUUACUUUUAUUAAUGCCGGUGAAAAUAUGGAACAAAAUUCUAAAAGCAUAGAAGACAAUCAAUUUGACGAGAUUAUUGGACAUAUAGAAGACAUUUUAUUAGAAGACGAAUUUCAUGCCAUUCGAAAUAAAUUUUUAGACAAUUAUUGGGACGUUUUUGAACCCAAAGAAGAAAACACAUUUCAGUAUACACCAAUUUUUAGAAUAUUUAAAGUAAGCAUUAGAAAUUUAUGAACAAUAUAUUACAUAUAUACAUAUAUGAUAAAAAAUUGUAUUCUCUUAAAUUGAUUUUUAAAUGAUUUUGUUAGGCAAAAUGAAUUGGAAGGUGAAGUUUUUGAGGUAUUAUCAACAUUCACAGACUUCAUGGCCUUUAAAGAAAUGUUCCUUGACUAUAGAGCUGUAAAGGAAGGAAAGGUUCAAGAUCUUAGUUCUGGAAUAUCUGUAAUAUCUUUUAAAACAAACAAUACAAUUGACAAUGAUUCCAUUGAAUAA